AUGUCUGCCCUGAUUACGCUGACUACCAUCAACGGCACGCCUGGCGCCUCCGAGGCUAUCGGCCCGUAUUCCCAGGCCGUUGUCACCUUGAAUGGCCUCAUUUACUCUAGCGGCUCGAUCCCGUUGGACCCGAGCACGAUGAAAGUCAUCCAUCCCACCAAUGUGGAGCUCCAGACUGACCUGACUGCAAAAAAACCGCCCCUCUCCGGAUUCUCUCCCGCAGGUCGCGCGUUUGCCUUUGUUGCGGUAUCCCUCCCCUCAGAGGAAGAGGUGGAGGCUACAUUGCUGAGCAGAGCCCAGGAGGCCCCCAAGGACAAAGACAAAAGUGUCGUCGCAGACACCUUCUGA